AUGGCUGGUUUGGAAGCAUCCCUGCCAACAGGUCACAGGUACUGCAGUGCGAUGCCAGCUCUGGACAAGUCCUUGUGCUCCAGUGUUGUGCCUAUUGGCAGCCGCUGCUGCAGGAGCUCCUCUGUAGUGCAUCCCACCCGGAUCGCUGAGCCCCUCACCCCCCGGAGGUGCCAAUGGAUUACCCACUACACCCCCUCCCCUGACCCAGCACGGAGGAGGCUGAGUGCAUCAGGGAGAUCGGUGGCUUUAGACAGCAACAUCCCUGUGUUGGUGAGAGGGGAACAAGACGGAUUUUACUACCAUGGUACCGUAAAAGAGGAGUUAGAGCAGAAUGAAAGAGGCGUGUUCCUGGUAGAGUUGGCCAAACCACUUGUGUCACGUGGAAGGCAUCCAGUGUGUGUACAAAAAACAGCAAAGGAUGACAUAAUAGAAUACGUGAACGGGAUGAAGCACUCCUUACUCCCUGGAGACAAAGUGCUGGCCCCCUGGGAGCCAAAUACGGCCAGGUAUGGCCCUGGAACUGUCCUCAUGGGCAUUGAGACAAGGGACCCCUUACGAGCCUCAGAAGAUGAAGAAAUUAUGGUCCACUUCUGGAAUGACAAGAAAGUCAAACUCCCGCAAGGUGUGGCUCUGUGGAUCCCUCCUAGCCUGUGGGAAAGGAUUGUAGAGAUGAUCCACAUGCCCUUCACCAGCAGGGUGAAGUCCAGAGGAAUUCCAGACACCAACUGUUGUAUUUUUUCCUACAGCCCUAAAACAGCCCCGAUUCCCGUUUGCGCUGUACAUAGCCUCGCCAAGCACUGCUUGCUCUGCUUACCCUGCUGGCCAUGUUUCCACUGUCACUGUGGUUGUAUAAGGUGUUUGUCAGCAUAUGUAAGGUGCAUCUGCUGCUGCCAUCCCCGUGUGAGUGCCUGGUGGCCUCUUCCCUCCAGGCGUCUGGUAUUUCAAAGCGAGACAGAAGAGGUAGAUUCCAGCAGUGAGCCCCCUCCAUGCCUUCUAGAACCAAAAAGCCCCAAACCAGAAGCAGCAGCAGCUGUGGCACCAUCUUCUCCCUCUUCUGAUUCAGAGUGGGACCUGGAGCCAUUCCCCACUAAGAGUACCGUGGUGGACAGUGCUGUUAACACAGGCUCCAGUUGUCUGGAGAAGCCAAGGCUAAAGGAUUCUGCAAGACCUGAGUGGAAAUACCGGAAAAGAAGCCACCACAAGUCCCAUCCCAGUAAUUCGGCUCUCCUUUUAGCAUAUAAUCCAAUGGAAACCUACCAGAACAUGAAUUUCGGACUCGUCAAUCGCAGCAGCACAUGUACGAAGGGCAAGCUGGAACCCAAAGCCAUCUCUACUGGGGACACAUUCAGUGUUGCCUCCACUAAUCACGGUGCAAUGUUCAAAACCAUCGAGCAGCCUCCCAGAGGGCAACUCACGAUGAAAGGAAUCUUACGAGACCAAGAUUUCAAGCUGUCAUUGGGGGAAGAAGGUUUUGCAGCAUCAGAAAAACAAAGAUAUAAAACAGCAAGAAAGGAAACAGAGUCAGAUGAUAAUCAUAAAGCAACUUGCAUACGAGACGACAAACUUGAUGAUACAGACCAUCUCACUUGCAACAAAACAGAGAAAGACAUGAUCAACUAG